AUGGCUGCAGCAAUUACUACUAAAAUGAAUGCUUUUGGAAUGGUUGACAAGGCUGACGAGAAUCGAAUGCGUGAAAUAAUACAAGAAUAUUUGAAUUUUUUGGAUGACAGCGGUGAAGAACGUGUUUAUAUUAACAGAAUUGAGGACAUGAUAAGAGAUGAGACAGCGCGUUUAAUUGUUGAUAUAAACGAUGUCAGACUUAAAAUGAAGGAAAGAGCUACUUCACUUUUGAGUUCAUUUGUAGACGAAAUAAUAGCCUUUGAACAUGCACUUAAAGAAAUUGUUUCAAAACUCGAUCCAGAUUAUGCAAAAGAAAAAGAUUUUCGAAUUGGCUUUGAAGGGUCUUUUGCUGAUCGUCAUUUAAAUCCUCGAACUUUGAAAUCAAGUUUCUUGGGAAAUUUGGUCUGUUGUGAAGGAAUAGUGACCAGAUGUUCUUUGGUUCGUCCAAAAAUUGUCAAAAGUUCUCAUUUUUGCCCUGCAACAAAGAAAAUUAUGGAGAAAAAAUAUACAGAUUUUACUUCAUAUGAAGCUAUUCCAACUAGUAAUGCUUACCCUAAAGAAGAUGAAAAUAAAAAUCCUUUGGAAACAGAAUUUGGAAAAUGUGUUUAUAAAGACCAUCAAAUAUUUUCUAUGCAGGAAUUACCAGAAUCUGCUCCUCCUGGAACUGAUGAGGACUUGGCAGAUCGUUGCAAGCCUGGUGAUCGUAUUCAAGUUAUUGGCCUAUUCCGUGUUUUGCCAAAUAAACAGGCGGGGAUGUCUACUGGAAAUUUUAGAUCAGUAUUGAUUGCCAACAAUGUUCAACUUAUGAGCAAAGAUUUAUUACUUAAUUUUGAACCUGAAGAUAUUAAACAAAUUCGUAAAAUGAGUCGACAUAAAGAUAUUUUUGAAUUAUUGGCACGUUCAUUAGCUCCUUCAAUUUAUGGACAUGACGAAGUUAAAAAAGCCGUUUUAUGUCUUUUACUUGGUGGAUGUGAAAAAAUUCUUGAGAAUGGAACAAGGCUUCGAGGGGAUAUAAAUAUUUUACUUAUUGGUGAUCCUUCUGUUGCUAAAAGUCAAAUUUUGAGAUAUGUAAUUCAUGCCGCUCCAAGAGUUGUUGCAACAACUGGAAGAGGAUCGUCAGGUGUUGGUUUAACAGCUGCUGUACUUCACGAUCCUGACACUGGCGAGAGAAAAUUGGAAGCUGGGGCAAUGGUGUUAGCUGAUAGAGGAAUUGUUUGUAUUGAUGAAUUUGAUAAGAUGACUGACAUUGACAGAACAACUAUUCACGAAGUUAUGGAACAAGGAAGAAUUUCAAUUUCUAAAGCUGGAAUUCAAGCCAAAUUAAAUGCUAGAUGUUCAGUUUUGGCAGCAGCUAAUCCAGUUUUUGGACGUUAUAAUCUUUAUAAAAAUCCUAUGGAAAAUAUUGGAAUGCAAGAUUCUCUUCUUUCUAGAUUUGACUUGAUCUUUGUUAUGUUGGAUGAGGUAAGGAUUUUUUCAUAA